CAGUCCGUGCGAAUAAUCUUCCACCGUCGCAUGCAUAUUCCGCCGGAAAGUUGGUAAAAUUUCCGUGAAAAUACAUCCGUAGUGGUUGUUGUUUAUCUACGUUCAUGGAAAUGGAUUUGGCUGAGUUUUUGUGAGAUUUUCUCCGGGGGAAAACUUUGCGAGUGUCGAGGAAUAUUCAAGUGCCAAAAAAGAACCUGCGACGAAAAAAGAGAAAUUAAUCCGUGCUGCAAUGGUGUUAGUGGUGCUUCUCGAAUUUCGGCACUGUGAUUGAUAACAAAACACACUGCGUGGAAUAUAGAAUUGACUAUUGAACUGAAAAAAUACACCACAACGACGACGACGACGACCAGUUUUUUUUUUCACGGUCUAAUGCUUGCGUGGAGCUAGGACGAUAAGGGGAGCUGCAAAUAUUAGUUUUUCAACAACCCGAAAUAAGCACAAAAAUGGUCCGCAUCCGGAGGAAGUUUGUGCUCAUUCUGUCCGGAGUGACGCUCUUCGCGUUUCUGCUGCUGUAUGUCAUUUUGAACCAUUCGAUUCAAUCGGAGAAACCGGCCAGCUUCAUGAGGCUGGAGGACAAAAUUAAGCAGUUGGAAUCGGGACUGAACAAACACCGGCGGGAGUUUGGUGCGAUGAAGCAGCAGUUCGAUACAAUUCGAACGAAUGGGCACCAUCCGAAUUCCCUGGACGGGGACGAGUACGGAGAGGAAUCCCGGUUGGAUAAGGUUCCAGCGGUGGCAGCUCCGCAUCUGGGAAAUCGUGAAAUGAUUAAAGAUUCGGUAAUCAGUCCGAACCGUGACACGGGAGGGACGUGUUCCCUCCGGACGGAUAUCAUCCCCCAGCCGGACAUACAGAUGUUGGACAUGUAUGACAAGAUACCGUUCGAUAACAUCGACGGAGGACCGUGGAAGCAGGGCUGGCGGGUGACGUACGACGAGAAGGAGUGGAAUCAACACCACAAGUUGAAGGUCUUUGUUGUGCCACAUUCGCACAACGAUCCCGGCUGGAUCUACACCUUCGAUGAGUAUUACGAACGACAGACGAAGGGGAUAUUUGCCAACAUGCUGAGGCAUCUGGAGGAGAACCCCGGUAUGAAGUUUAUAUGGGCGGAAAUUUCCUACUUUGCGACUUGGUAUGACAAGCUUGCUCAGGAGCAGAAGGAUAUCGUAAAGAAGUUAAUCAAAAACCAUCAGUUGGAAUUCGUGACCGGCGGAUGGGUUAUGCCGGACGAAGCCAACGCUCACUGGUACUCGAUCCUGCUGCAGCUUACCGAGGGUCAAACGUGGCUGAAAACUCGCCUCAAUGUGACCCCCACGUCAUCCUGGUCAAUUGAUCCGUUCGGCAUGUCCGCAUCCAUGCCGUACAUUCUGAAAAAGUCCGGCAUCGACAAUCUGCUCAUCCAACGGACGCACUACACUGUGAAAAAAAAUCUCGCCCUAAAAAAGCAGUUGGAAUUCCGCUGGCGCCAACUGUGGGACACCACCGGCGAAACGGACCUGCUAACCCACAUGAUGCCGUUUUACUCAUACGACAUUCCGCACACCUGUGGCCCAGAUCCGAAGGUAUGCUGUCAGUUCGAUUUCAAACGGUUGCCCCACUUUGGAGUUUACUGCCCAUGGCGAGUUCCUCCGCAGCCCAUAACCGACGACAACGUUGCCAAGCGAGCCGAACUGAUCGUCGAUCAGUGGCGCAAAAAGUCCGUUCUCUACAAGACGAGAAGCGUUCUGAUCCCGCUCGGCGAUGACUUCCGAUACACUCAAAGCAAGGAGUGGGAGGCCCAACGGGUCAACUACGAAAAACUGUUCGAAUACAUCAACAACGAACCUUCGCUGAACGUGGAAGCCAAAUUCGGAACCCUGCAGGACUAUUUCGAUUCGAUACGAUCGGCGUUGAAGGUCGAAGAUUUCCCCUCGCUGAGUGGAGACUUUUUCACCUACGCCGAUGUGAACGAAGACUACUGGAGCGGGUACUUCACCUCGCGACCGUAUCACAAGCGCCAGGAUCGCAUACUGCUGAACUACGUCCGCUCGGCGGAGAUGCUUUGGGCGUGGAAUAGUUGGCCGGACAGAGAAUGGCAACCGCUGGAGGAGAAAAUGGAAUACGCUAGGCAGCAGUUGGCACUGUUUCAGCAUCACGAUGGGAUUGCGGGAACGGCCGAGAAUCAUGUGGUGGUAGACUAUGCCACUCGGAUGGCGACGGCCUUGGAGAAUUGCAAGCUGGUGAUGCAGCAGGCGGUUUACAGGCUCCUCACGAAACCCUCGGUCUACCAGGCGGAUCCCACCUUUUCCUACCUGAGCAUUGACGAUUCGCGAACCGUCGACGGAGCCGACACGUUCCGGCCAACGAUCAUCAUCGGCGACGAACUGCCCAUCAAGCACGUAGUCGUGCACAAUUCCCUACCCUACCAACGCCAGGAACUGGUCGAAGUCUACAUCGGGAAACCCUUCGUUACCGUCCAGGACGCCCGAACCGGUCAAACCGUCCCGGCUCAGAUCGCACCCGUAUGGUCAUGGCACGCACGAUCCGAUGGAACCAGCACUCCGCAGUCAUCGACCACCAAGUUCCGGUUGCUGUUCAAGGCUUCCGUGCCCCCCAUGGGAUUGGUUGUCUACACGAUUAAUUCACGGAAUCGAGUGGAUCAUAGCAGUGGGGUAACGUACGCCAAAAUUACUAUCAUGUCCCGCGCUCCAUUCACGGUCAAUUUGAACGGCUACCCGGAGCUGCCAGAGUUUAGUGAACCGCGCAAGAUUUCGCUCAAGGUUGCCGAAGGUCCCGGGGCUUCGUUCAACGCGAAUGGUCUGCUGAAGUCAAUUUCCCUCGAUUCGAACACCGUGCCGGUGCAUUUGGACUUCCUCCGGUAUGGUAUGCGCUUCAACUCGGGCAAAAGCGGUGCCUAUCUGUUCCAUCCGGACGGUCCGGCCACGACGAUGAAGUUGGGCGAACCGGUGGUUCUGGUGGUGAAGGGACCGCUGGAGUCGAGUAUCACCGCCGGGUUACCAUUUGCCACGCAUCAGACCAUUCUGCGGGAGGAUGUCGGCCUUGAGAUAAGAAACCUAGUGGAUAUCGGCGAUCGGGAGAAUACGGAGAUUGUGAUGCGAUUGUCGACGAACAUCGAAAGCGGAGAGUUCUUCUACACGGAUCUGAACGGGAUGCAGAUUAUCAAGAGGAAGCGGUUCGAUAAGCUUCCGCUGCAGGCCAACUACUAUCCGGUUCCGUCGGCGAUGUACAUCCAGGACGACAGUUUGCGGUUGACGAUUGUGAGCGCCCAGCCGCUGGGUGGUGCAUCGUUGAAGCCUGGAGAGAUGGAAAUCAUGCAGGAUCGUCGUCUCUCGCAGGACGAUGACCGGGGACUUGGGCACGGGGUGCUCGAUAACCUUCCGGUAUUACAUCUGUUCCGGCUGGUGCUGGAAAACCGAGAAUCCUGUACCAAGCUGGAUCCAGGCUAUCCGGCAGGAUUCCUAACUACAACGGGGUACGGUGAGUUACGAUCACUGCUGCAUCCGCUGGACAAGUUGAUCUUCAAUGAGAACGAAUGGACGGGGUUGUUGCCCAGUUUCGGUGCCAAUCACGAACCUCUGGAGCGGGGAAUGGAAGUGGUGGCGAUGAGAAAUCUCCCGCACGUGCGUGUCGGGAAAGACCGGAAGUCCUCGAUUGGACUGGUGGUUCACAGGACCAACUUCGAGGAUUGUGGAUCGGAAGCCAGUGGAGAGGGCAAUCUGAACAUCAAAAAGCUUCUCGAUCUGGACGACGGUCACGAAAUCUACGGUUCGGCGCUGACGCUGCUCCGCAAACAGGAGCCCCUGGUGGCCGACGAUGUCAGCUUCUGUCCGAUGGACUCGAAGGCCUUCAUCAUUCAGCGAUAAAGCACCUGACUCCCGCAGCCGGAGUAUUAGAGCAAAGUAAGUUGAAUGCUGCGCUGCUUUCUGAUUAUGGCGAAACAAUACUAGGAGGGGAGUCAGAGGAAACAUACGCGCUUAUAGAGUGGGGUGGGACGCCGGAUUUUCUUUUUCAUAAAAGAAACACUAAUUUAUUGUAGGACGAGAUCAGAAUCGGCUUCGAAUGUUGGUAUUUUACCUGAUGAUCCGCGUGACAUUGGAAACCAUUUCCGUGCAAGUUUGAUGUGUGUGAAAGAUUUUGAACGGUUGAGUGUGCGAAUGAUUUUCGAUUUGAGUUCUAGUUCAAUGGACGUGUGAAGUUUAAAAAAAUAUAUAGCUACGAUUGCACCGUUAGUGUGUAGGACUACAAACAGCAUGAUACAAUUACACGCAAAAUUAGAUUUUUUUUUCUUUUACCUUACAAGGGAAAGGUUCUGAAAUCGAAGAAUAUUUAGGACAUGUGAAUUUCCUUUAUUCUAGUAGGAGGAAUAUUUAUACCAGUGAGUGCAAUUGGACUUUGGUGGGAGCUACAUUACUACUCCGGAGACGUGGCGUGGAAGAUGAACUUCUACCCUUUGGUUCGCGGAAGUAGACUAUUAUUGCUAAGGGAUUAGGUAUGGGAUAAGUUCACAAUAAAUUUCUUACACACAGACGCAUUAUGAUGGCACACCCAUAUACUUAA